CUCGAUACUAUGGCCCUAGUUGCUUGACGGCAAUGCUUCUACAGCGCCAGGAGCUAUCGGACUUUGUUCGACGGCUUCUCCGACAUAUCUCAUCUUCCAGCUCACGAAGGAAGCAAAUGAUUAGCUCAUCGUUGAAGAAGAAGAGACCUGGAAAGAAAAACCGUGCUAGUCAGAUAUGGGAAAAAGAAGACUUGAUAUCCCUGUUGCCGUCUCGAGCGCGUGCCGACAGCUUGAUUCAGACAUAUCUGGAUGUUUUUGAGACGACUUAUCGAGUAUUUCACGUGCCGAACUUCCUCCGACGCUACAAUGAUUUUUGGAAAUCCCCGACUGACACAGAUGAAUGUUUUAUACUCCACAUCUUACUCGCCAUGGCUACAGUCAAUGCUUUUGUUCACGACGGCCCGGAGAGGAAUGAUGAGGAUCGACGAAAACAGGCCAAAAAAAGCAUUCGAGCAGCAGAGAGCUGGUUACGUGUUCAAAGUCAGAAAUGGGUUACAUUGGAUAUAUUUCAAAUCCAUGUGACUUUGUUCCACGCGAAGAAACUGAAUUGGGUAGAGUUUAAAAGUUCCUGGGAGUCUAUUGGCACACUGGUCCGACUAUCAAUGGCAGCUGGACUGCACCGUGACCCAACGUAUUUAAGCCAGAAAAUGCCCGUGUUUGAAGCUGAAAUGCGUCGAAGAUUGUGGUAUACGAUUUUGGAGUUGGAAUUGCAAGAGGCCUGCGAUCGAGGAAUGCAGCCAAUGCUUUCAGCUGAUAACUGGGAUUGCAUGCCGCCAUCUAACAUUCAUGAUGAGGACAUUGGCGAGAUGACUAUAGACUUACCACCGGAAAGGGACCUACAUGAAUACACUAGGACUUCCUUCUUAUGCACGGCUCAGAAGCAUCUUCCCUUACGCCUGGAAGUGCUCAAUAAAAGCAACAGUCUGAAGAAUGGCAUUGAUGUUGACUUGGCCCGAAAAUAUGUAGAGACGCUGCAGGGCCUGGUUGAAGGGUUGCCUAAUUGGCCCGAGACUCCGUCAUCAGCCGUGGCGAAUGUCCUCUCCAGGUUAGUUCUUUAUGAACAGCUGAUGAUACUUCAACAACCUUUUGCUAUCAGUCAAGAUACCGGGUUAGAUCACCAUCGAAGCUUCUAUUUCAGAGCUACACAGCGACAAAUGGCCAUAGAUGUUAUGAGUCUUUACUCUUCAUUACCCAGAUCUGAAGCUCUUCAGAUAUUCACCAUUAGAGGAGAUAGCUUUCGUGCGGUGUUGGCUAUGUGCUAUGAGGCUGUCCAAUCAUCUGGAGCAAUGAACUCUGAGCUAUACAACCACGAAGCGGAAAUCCAUCUGUUGGAGGAAACCAUGACUUUGUUUGCUGACAGAGUUCGAACUCUACACAAAGGAUUCCAGCUAUACUGGCUAGUUUCUGCGGCAGUCGGCUUGGUCAAAGUUCGUUAUUCUAAGGUGCCAAACGACGAUCUGGUCGCUGCAGAGACUGUUCUUGAUGCUUUUACCCUCCUGGAGCAGAUAAAUCAAUGUACAGGCACGAACAAUCUCGAUCACAACCAUGGAAUUGAUCCUCGCCUUAACUCGAUUGAAGUCACAGGCAAUAUGCAAGAGCAUCAAGAAAGCCAUACCAUUUCGUCUGCUAUUGAUUUGUUCGACCCAGACACUUUCUUCGCUGGCCUUGUUGAUAUGGACUUCUCACCUGAUUGGCUGUUGAGAUUCGACGAUCCAUAUUCUUGUCCUACCAUAAACGAUCUAUAAGAAAGCACUGUAAUGUAAUAUGUUGAGUAUGUAGAUG